AUGACUACAGAAGUAAUAUUACAUUAUCGACCAUAUAAGAAUGAUCCCACACAACUGCCAAAAAUCGCAGAGAAAGCAAUUCAAGACUUUCCUACACGUCCGCUAUCGAGAUUUAUUCCUUGGUGUUUGCAUGAUGGGUCCAAACUUCCACUCAAACCUAAAAGAUCACCACCUGUGAUUUCUGAAGAGGCAGCUGAAGAUGUGAAACCGUACUUAACCAUUUCAGAACGUGAUGUUAAAUCACAGAGUUACGAUUGCACAGUAGAUCUUUUGGAAUUUCAACCUAAUUUAAAAAAAAGGAAGCACUUAAUCCGGUCACACUCACUGAAUGAACAGACUAAUUCUGGAACUCUAGAUAAACAUUCAGAAAAGGGAAGACAGCACAAGAAGAGGUUUUGGAGUGUUUCACUUCCCAACAGUAAUUGUACUGAAAAUAUUUUUCCUUUGUCUAAAAAAUUGCAAGAUAGUUUAAAGGCACUGAAUUUGCAUUCACUUUAUAGAGCAAGAUGGACUAUAGAGCAUGCUAUUUGUAACAACCAAACUCUGGAAGACAUUUGGGCAAAACUCAAUCAAAUCAUCAGGCACAAUGAACUUCCAUCUUGUAAUGCUACAUUUCAGAGACACUUAGGCCAAAUAUGGGUGUUCUGUGAUAUUACGUACUGUGAAUAUGUGGGAAGUCUUCUUAAAGGAAGGUUAGCUCUUGCUGGGAAAAUGAAUUUAUUCGUGCAUAAAUAUGGUGUUAUUUUUAGUAUGUAAUGAAUUUCACUGAUUGUUAAAGAGAAGAAUAUUCUGAAUGAACUGAGUAUGAUCUGAAAUAAUGAGAUCAGGGGCGCCUGGGUGGCUCAGUCGUUAAGCGUCUGUCUUCGGCUCAGGUCAUGAUCC